AUGAACAUGUAUCAUAUUCACCAUGAUACAAAAUUUAGACUUUAUGCUUAUAGUGUAACAUGAUUUAUCCUUUUAUGUUCUUUUACUCUAUUCCUUUUUCCGACGUUUUUUUGAUUAAAAAAUUGCAAAAUCUCUAAUUCAGAUCCACGUGUUUAGAUGCGAUGCACGAUACCGAUGACAAAGAGUAGGGCUUAAUCAGUUAGUCGAUAGGCAAAUUGGCUUACAGGCUAAGCGACAGGGUGGUUUGUGAACAGCGAGAAAGAAAGCAAUGUUACCAGUGUGUUGUGUAUUCGUGCAGCAAACCUGUCGCACUGAUUGCGGAAUAAAAUCCGACACAUCAUACCUGGAGUUUCUUUGAAAUUUCUGUACAUUGUGAUUUAAAGUUGCAAAACAAUUUUCUCUCGCGUUGAAAGAUAUCGCGCUAACAAACUAUCGGCAAUUCUCUCACGUAAAUUCUACUCACGUACCUUAAAUGAAAACUGACAAGGAAUAAGAAACGACUGUGAAAAGGCGGGUGCGUCUGUGUAUGACUUUUGAUGAAAAAGGUUUAUCUAGGUCGCAAUCGAUGAUCAAUAUUGAUAAUGUAAUUCACCAAGGUUCUUAACAUCGAUCUACAUCAAUGGCUUCGUUCGUGAAACGCUGCGUUCAGAUGUAAUUCAGAUGCUCGUUGAUCCACGAGGGACCGGAAGUGAUCGAGGUCCGGCGGAAAAAAAUUUUCGAACGAGCGACUAACAGUUUCCGUUCAAUCUUCGCUGAGAGCAUUCGCCGGAUUUACGAACGAUAGAAUGUGCAGCUGAUCGGAAUGACGAGGCACUCUCUGGUGAUCAUAUGCUGCUUGUACUUGUACACCCUGUUUGACAUGGCCGCUCUGCAUUUUCCGGAGCUUGACUUUGAUGAGUACGGAAAAAAGGAGGCCUCUUUGUCGUUGAAGGACAUCCUACCUUUAAAUCCGAAGCAAUAUGAUAAGCACAGAGCACCCAAGUUCCUCGGGCAACCCACUGUCGUUUAUUUUCACGUAACAGUGCUCAGUCUGGACUCGAUAAAUGAGGAAUCGAUGACAUACGUGGCCGACAUAUUUCUCGCUCAGAGCUGGCGGGAUCCUAGGUUGCGGCUGCCGGAGAACAUGUCCGAGGAUUACCGGAUACUUGACGUGGAUUGGCUGCACAACAUCUGGAGGCCCGACUGCUUUUUCAAGAAUGCGAAAAAAGUCACUUUUCACGAAAUGUCGAUACCGAAUCACUAUCUCUGGCUGUAUCACGAUAAAACGCUGCUUUACAUGUCCAAGUUGACCCUGGUGCUCUCCUGCGCGAUGAAGUUCGAGUCCUAUCCUCAUGACACUCAGAUUUGCUCGAUGAUGAUCGAGAGCCUUUCGCACACGACUCAGGAUCUGGUAUUCUUGUGGAACAUGACGGAUCCCCUCGUCGUUAAUCCGGAAAUCGAGCUGCCGCAACUCGACAUAUCGAACAACUACACGACCGACUGCACGAUUGAAUACUCCACCGGAAACUUCACGUGCAUACAGAUUGUCUUCAAUCUGCGCCGGAGACUCGGUUAUCACCUGUUCCACACGUACAUCCCGUCCGCUCUGAUCGUCGUCAUGUCCUGGAUCGCCUUCUGGAUCAAGCCGGAAGCCAUCCCGGCGCGGGUCACCCUUGGCGUGACGUCACUGUUGACCCUCGCUACUCAAAACACGCAAUCUCAGCAAUCUUUGCCGCCAGUCUCGUACGUGAAGGCGAUCGACGUGUGGAUGUCUUCGUGCAGUGUGUUCGUUUUCCUGUCCCUUAUGGAAUUCGCAGUGGUGAACAACUAUAUGGGGCCCAUCGCCACGAAGGCCAUGAAGGGCUAUUCGGACGAGGAUCUUCGAGAGGCGAUCGACGACUUCAAGACGCCGAUGAGACCAGAUGCUGAGAGAAGCAGGAGUCCAACGAGGACACCGACGGUUCAGUAUGAGCAAUGCUGCCAAGGACGAGCCACCGCCAUUUACAUCGACAAGAUUUCCAGAUUCUUCUUCCCCUUCUCGUUCUUCAUCCUCAACGUCGUUUAUUGGAGCACCCUUCCUAUAAUACAAGUCGGCGAGACGCAUGCCCAACUGGGAGAAAGCCGAAUGUACUUUUAUAAACAUUGAAUUUGAGAAAGGAUACCGUAAGAGACGUAGCAAUAAAUUUGUCGAAAUACGAGGCUGGCUAACGGAAAUUGUAUCCUCUUAAGUAUGUAUCAUGUAGGAUAAAGUACGGCACAAUAAAGGAAUUUAGUGGAAUAAAAUCCUCAUGUUUAUUGAGAGUAUCUUCGCAUGAAAGAUACAAUCUUAGUCAAAAGUAUGGAAAAUCUUUUAACAAAUUGCGAGAAAUCAAAUUGAAAUUUGUAUU